AUGAUGCGUCGAAUGCGCCGAAGGCUGCGGAACCUCGUUUCUCCAGCGACACUAAUCCCUAUUUGGUCCGUCUUCUUUCUGCUCUUCUUCAUCGACUUAUACUUCCUGAAGCUCAAGCCAAUUCUGGCGAACAUGACUGUGCUUUCCGUCGGCAACCUAUUCGAGACGCCCGGAUGUUCGUUUCCCCUCUAUAACCCUUAUCACUGGACGAUCGCUUAUCAUUGGGCGACGGUGAAUGCUACGUACAGCACGUACGAGGACAUGUGCUCUGCCCGCAACCGCACUGUGAUCUCGCAGGAAGGAGGCAAGUUCACCUUGGACCCUAAAGGCCUCCUCCUAGCCUACAACGCCACAGUCCAAAGUACGAAGUGUCACUACAGCGUUGUGUCCAGGAAUGAAACGGCUGAAAUACCGGACAAGGAACCUAUCCUGGGUCCAGCACGAGAGCUUCUUUUCGGCGAACCAAUCGACGCGGAGUACGUACAGGUGUCGUGCGAGGCUAGUGGCAAGCUGCUUUUCACCGAAUAUUUCCUCGUUCCUCAGCCGAAGCAACCGCCGCAACACGCCGAUGAACUGCAGCUAGAGGAGCCUCCUAGUAGUCGCAAGAUGAGCGUCCUAAUCCUCGGGAUAGACUCGACCUCCAGGAUAAACUUCAACCGCCUCAUGAAGAAUACCCACAAGUACAUAGUCGAUGAACUCGGUGCCUUCGAAUUUCUCGGCCUCAACAAGGUCGGCGACAGCUCGUUUCCCAACCAGCUACCGCUCCUCUCCGGAGUUUCUGGUCCCGACACCGAGAGCUUGUUCAAGCGCCACAACUUCGAUACUUUCCCUCUCCUGUGGAAUACGUUUAGGCUCGAGGGCUACACGACGCUAUUUCUCGAAGAAAUGCCGUAUUAUGGUCUGUUCACCUUCCCGAAUUACUUGGGAUUCAACCUACCGCCAACCGAUUAUUACCCUGAAGCUGUGUUGCGUAUGAUGGAUGAGAAAGGAGGCAGCGACCGCUUUUGUGUUGGCUCUCGCUUGAAGACUAAAGUUCUCAUUAGAUACCUGGCCGAGGUUUUGAAGCUGAACAGCGACAGGAGCAUGUUCUCGUAUGUAUGGCUCUCUGACGUGACGCACAAUAACCUGAGGGGAGGCCAGGACAUCGACCAACCGGUCGAAGAGUUCUUCAGGGAACUAUCAGACACCGGUGUCCUCGAAAACACCACCGUCCUUUUCCUCAGUGACCACGGGAACCGCAUCGGCCCGUACAGAAGGUCCGAGAUCGGUCGACACGAAGACAAAACUCCCUUCUGCUUCCUUAUACUACCCAAGCGCUUCAUGCGAGAGUAUCCGGAAGCGGUGGUUCAGUUGGAAGUAAACCAGCGACGUCUCAUCACUCCCUACGAUCUUCAUGCUACGCUGCUUAGCUUACUGAAGCUGCCCGCUAUCGACCCACAGCCAACGAACAAGGGAAUCAACUUGUUUGGUGCGGUACCACCGGGCAGGACCUGCGCGGACGCCUUCAUAGCUCCCGAGUUCUGCGCCUGCACAGAUACCGCAAGUGAGACUCCGGACCCAGGAGUGCUACUUUCAUUCUCCCGCUACGCCGUGUCCUACAUAAACGCGCUGGCGACGCUCCACUUUCCGGGCAAGUGCGUCCAAUGGAAUCUCGAUGGCGUGGACGAGGCGUCCGCUCUCGGCGGCCGCGUUGCCGGCAAGGUCCUGCUCCGCGUGCAGCUGACUGUGACGCCGACGGCUCACUUCGAAGUAUACGGGACGCUGCGCAGUGAGUCUUUCGGUGACAAGCACGUAGACUUCGUGCAGAGGUUGGAUAUUUACAGCAACACGACCACGUGUUUGCCCAACAACUCGUGGCAGAAGAUGUGCAUGUGCAAGCCCGAGCUAUUGAACACUACGUCGACGUCGCAAACACCAGAUACCUUAGAUGACAACGAAUGA